AUGAGACUGAAGGUCGCCAUUCUCGUCUCUGUUGUUGCUCUUGUCGCUGCCCAGUCAUCGGAUGUCGCGACCUGCACGCCAGCUUAUGGAUGGUCGAUAAACGCGCGUGGCCAGACACCAUGCCUGGUAGCAGCAUACGCCGAGCAGGCCUGCGAGUCCUCCUUCGUUGAAGUCAACCAGCUGCCUGCCAACACACACUACAUCGGGCCUUCAAAGGCAAACGCGAACCUAUGCCGCUGCUCAACGGUCACGUAUUCGCUCGUAAGCGCAUGCGCGGGAUGUCAGGAUCGGCAGUACAUAUCCUGGACAGAAUGGGCCACGAAUUGCACCAAAGUUGAGGUCGCACAAUAUCUCCAAACGGUGUCCGCUGCUGUCGUCGUACCCCCGUGGGCAUAUCUUGACGUCACUCUGUCAAAUAAUGCUUUCAGUCCAACGCUCGCGAGCGCUAAUGCAACGGCUGCUUCGACUCCCAGCCCAUCUCCAGCUCCUACGACCACCAGCGCAUCUAUCGCAACAAUUCCCAGCAACCCUGUCGCCCUCCCAUCCGUAGCAUCCAGCUCUUCACCAAAGAAGGGUUCAAACGCAGGCGCCAUUGCUGGCGGUGUUGUCGGCGGUCUCGCGGUCAUCGUUAUCGCCGUAUUCCUCGUAUUGUUCUGUUUACGGCGAAAGAAGCAGCCCGAAGCAAUGUAUCCGCCCAACACUGCGAGCAGUUUUUCUGCUACAUCACAUGUCCAGCCACUGCAACACCAGUUAACUGGAAGCAGUGGCAGACCAACGAGCCCCGGAAGCCCGCUGUUCAUAACCCCAUUUCCAUACCACCAGCAAGACAGAUCAGACGCAGAAACGACCUAUCAUGGCUCGCCUUCGUUCGAUUCACCGUCGAUCACGCCAGCCGUGCAGAUUGUUCGCAGGUAUAAUGGGGCAGCGGAGGUCUGA